UCUCUCUCAUCUUUCUUCCUUCUUUGAUUCCAAUUUCUACAAAUUCUCUCUCUCUCAUUUUUGAUUUUCAAACUUUCUCUACUUUUAUUGAGUUUUGGAUCUUGUUUUUCAAUCUAUUGUUGUUCUUUUCCCACUCUCGCAUGUGGUAAAUUAAUGGCGUCAUUCCGACGGACUCUGUCGCCGGCGUAUCACGAUCGCCAAUACCUAAACGGCGCGUUUUCAGUUUCUUCUCCUUCUCACAAGCUUCCAACCUCAAACGCCAAGUACUCGUCGCCGCUGCCGGCGCUCGCCUCGGCGUUAAGGAGGUUGGUUGGCGGCGUUUUCUUGCGGCGGUACGGUCGGAAGGGGCAGUGGAGAAGGGCGGUGUACAGGUGCGUGAUUUGUUUCUUCGUAGGGUUCUUGUUAGGCAUGUUCCCUUUCGAUCACGUGGUGGACGACAUGCGCCCCAACGAUAUCUCUUUCGAGGUCAAGCAGCCGCCGCACGCGAACGCGCAAUUGCUUCCCGAGAAUCGCGUUCUGAAGAAUCGCAGCGGCGAAGACAACGACGAGGGUUUCAUGAUCGAUCCCGUUAGUUUGAGUGGCGAGAAGCGGAGUCUGGUGGAUUUUGUGCCGAGGAAGCAGCUGAUUGUGGUGACUCCCACCUACAAUCGCGAUUUUCAGUCGUAUUUCUUGAAUAGGUUGGGUCAGGUGCUGCGUUUGGUGCCUCCUCCGAUUCUGUGGGUUGUGGUGGAAAUGAAUUCGGCUUCCAUGGAGACUGCUGAGAUGCUGAGGAAAACGGGUGUGAUGUAUAGGCAUUUAGUGUGCACUAAGAACUCCACGGAUGUUAAGGACAGAGGGGUUCAUCAGAGGAAUACGGCGUUGGAGCACAUUGAGCACCAUAGACUUGAUGGCAUUGUUUACUUUGCGGACGAUGAUAAUAUAUAUUCUCUCGAGUUGUUUGAGACCUUGAGAGACAUAAGUCGCUUUGGCACUUGGCCUGUUGCCAUGCUUGCACCAAGCAAGAAUAAAGCUGUUUUGGAGGGUCCAGUUUGCAAUGCAAGCCAAGUGAUUGGAUGGCAUACAAAUGAGAAAAGUAAAAGACUUCGUAGGUUUCAUGUUGAUAUGUCUGGAUUUGCAUUUAACAGCACAAUAUUGUGGGAUCCAAAGCGAUGGCGACGGCCUACUUCAAAUCCUAUUCGACAGUUAGACACAGUGAAGGAGGGUUUUCAAGAGACCACCUUUAUAGAACAAUUGGUAGAAGAUGAGAGUCAAAUGGAAGGUUCACCUCCUGGUUGUUCGAAAAUAAUGAAUUGGCAUCUCCAUUUAGAUCCUCAUAAUAUAGUUUAUCCCAAGGGUUGGAUGCUUCAGAAAAACCUAGAUGCUGUCAUACCCGUCAAGUAAUCGUCUACCAAUUCUAUUGUGAGUGUGUGAUAGUUUGCCCAUAUUUGGUAUUGGUUCAUCACUGAAUAGAUGGGUGCAUCAGUUAGCCACCAUUAGCACUAAUGCAUUAUGUCGCCCGGCAAGACAGGAACAGGUUACUGAUUUUGUUUCCAAAAUUCUCUUGCACAAAAUUAUUUGCAGGGGAAAAUUUUUGCUGUUGUAAAGUAUGUUGCCUUAUAUCUUUGAGGGAGAAAUAUAUCCUCCAAGAAGAUGAAAAAAAUGUUUUAAUCAACUUGUUUGAUUUUCAACGGUAUACACAGCUAUGUAUUCGGUGGAUGUUUCAUCUGGGGGCUGUUUCUGAUUUAGGCCUUGCAUCAAAAUCCGCAGAGGGUAAUUUCUUAAAUGUACUCCACUCUUCCCAUUCCUAUGUAUUCUUUAAUUGAUGGUAUUCUUGCAAUACUUGCUUAAUUUUGAUGAACUUCUACAUAAAUUGACCUGUACCAUAAAGUAUGCAAGCAUUUGAAAGCCCCUAAAUCUGGAUAUU